AGUCAUGGUUUCAAGUCUCACUUUGUCAAAUCAGGUUACACAGUAAACUCAGCAUAUCUUGUGUCUUUUUGUUAUCAGAGUUUCCUGCAGAUGUCCAGCAGCUGGCAGUCAGUAAAGAAGAUCCUGAUGAGAAGCAGAGGUGGAGCCCCCGUCUGGACCAUGAGAACACUGAACCCCCGCACAUUAAAGAGGAACCGGAGGAACUCUGGAGCAGUCAGGAGGGAGAGCCGCUUCAAGGACUCGAGGAGGCUGAUCCAACCAAAUUGAAACCGACGGUUCUCCCUGUGAAGAGCGAAGAUGACGAAGAGAAAUGUCAGCUCUUACAGCUUCAUCAGGGACACACUCCCAAGAUGGAAACAGAAGCUGAUAGAGAGAUCUGUGGAGGACCAGAAACAGCAAGGAACUCAGAUCCAGGAAGCGAUACUGAAUCUGAAAACACCUCUGAACCUGAAACUGAAGACUUUUGUAAUCUGGGGGAGACCAACGAGCACGAGUCAGGUUUAAACCCCCCAAAAUCCACCAAAGGCAAGAGAGUGACUGCUAAAACAGUGCAUAGCUGCUCAGAGUGUGGUAAAGAGUUUAAAUGUAAACAAUACCUGAACGAACACACGGCAGUUCACACAGAAGAGAAACCCUUCAGUUGCUCGGAGUGUGGUAAACGGUUUAAAUGUAAACGAUACCUGAGCAGUCACAAGGCAAUUCACACGGGAGAGAAACCCUUCAGUUGCUCUGGGUGUGGUAGAGAGUUUAGAGACAAAUCCAGUCUGACUUCUCACAUGUUGGAUCAUACAGAAGAUAAACCCUUCAGUUGCUCUGAGUGUGGUAAACAGUUUAACCAAAAAGGGGCCCUGAUCAGACACAAGGUAAUUCACACAGAAGAGAGACCCUUCAGUUGCUCCGAGUGUGGUAAAGGGUUUAAACGUAAACGUUGUCUGAUCACACACAAGGUAAUUCACAUCGGAGAGAAACGCUUCAGCUGCUCCGAGUGUGGUAAACGGUUUAACCUUAGAGAGGGUCUGAUCCUACACAAGGCAGUUCACACAAAAGAGAGACCCUUCAGUUGCUCUGAGUGUGGUAAAGGGUUUAAACUUAAACGUAGUCUGAUCAGUCACAAGGUAAUUCACACGGGAGAGAAACCUUUCAGCUGCUCUGAGUGUGGUGAAAGGUUUAGUUAUAGACCCAAUUUGACAUCACACAUGUUGGUCCACACAAAAGAGAAACCUUUCAGUUGCUCCGAGUGUGGUAAAGGGUUUAAACGUAAACGUAGUCUGAUCAGUCACAAGUUAGUUCACACGGGAGAGAAACCUUUCAGCUGCUCUGAGUGUGGUAAAGGGUUUACUGAUAAAUCAAAUCUGACUUCACACAUGUUGAUUCACACAGGAAAGAAACCCUUUUUUUGUUCUGUGUGUGGUAAAACAUUUAGAUAUAAACAAUCUCUAAACAGACACAUGCUACUUCACAAAGGAGAGCGAGUCUUAAUCUGCUCUGUCCUCGGUAAAGGACUUUAAGGACACACGUGAGAGAAAUGUUGUAGUUGUAGUGUUUGUGACCAUUCGGACCGUUCAGCUAGAAACACAGAAGUGCGUUGGUAGUCAGGCUUCAGAGCGUCACCAAGGUCAAACAGGAGAAGAGAAUGUCAGAAACAGGAGCUGAUGAUGGAGACUGUGGUUAAGACUAGAGCACACCAGUCCAAUAGCUUGGCUUAGAAAAACAUUACAAAGUGCCCACUCUGGUGCCCUUUCAUUCGAAAUUGCAUGAAACAAUGCCCUCUGAAUGUCCCUCAUAUGUAUAAAAUGUUAAAAAGUAUCCUUCUGUUAGACUUAAUGUGAAAAAAAUACUCCUGGAUGUAUACUGUCAAUAAAUUGUUAAAUCGUC